UAAUAUGAUAGCACAUGUUAAACAUAAUAAAAAAAAAAAAAUGCAACAAAUAAUUUUUAGUAACAUUUGGAUCCAGUCCAUAUGUAUUAAACAUAAUUUUGGUUGAAACCAUAAUUAUUUAUCCACUAAUCUUGUUAGAGUAUGCUAAUGUGAAGAGUAUGAUAAAUCAUUCCCCCUUCCAACCUUUCUACUGAUAAUCUUUUCUUGUUAGAGUUGUCAUUACUAGUUUUCUUCUACCGCAAAUUUUGGCCUUUAUCAGGAUUGGAACAGAAAUUAGAGAUUCAAAAUAGGUAAAAGAUCAAGACUGCUCUUCACGCUUGCUUCACUGAAUGGACCAGAAAUUGAAGAUACAAAACAGAAAAAAGAAAAGGCAAGGAAGACAAAGGAAUUAUCUGCACGAGGUGGCUCAAAUUGACAUUGAGGAUAUGUUACAUCAUCUAAGAAGUAUCAAGAGAGGAGGUGAUCUGAAUAGCGUCAAGAUUGAGACACUUGAAACGGAGCUAAGAUUUUUGAGAACUUUUCUCGAAUACCAUCAUGUUCUUUUGCCUGAUUCAUUUGUCAAUAUCGCAAAGAAGGUCCAAUUGAUUGGGGGAAUGAUUCAAUCAGUUUUUGCUGAUGGAUGGAAAACUAACCUUAAUGUGGAAAGGCUAGCAUCACAUUUGCUGAAAUUCAUUGAAGGUAAAACCAGUUCCAGGUUCAAUUAUGAGCUGGAUGAUUCCUAUCUGUUAGAAUAUAUGGAUUACCUCGACAAGAAUCUAAAUGAUGCACCGAGGUAUCUAGUCAAGUCUGACCCUUUUUUGAGGAAAGGACUCAAAAUCCUUCAAAAGACAGAUCGAUUUUUGAAGCAAGUGAAAUUCAUUCAAAAGAAAAUGAGGUUUCUGAGAUACUUAUAUGCCACAGAAAUAAAUGGCCACAUUGACCGUGAGAAGCAAAAAAGAUUAGAGAUCCAAAUGCAACUCGUGGCUGACAAUGUGGUACAAUUUUGUGUUGCUCUUUGGACUAAUGAAAUCGAUGGAAUUAAUGCAUCUAAUAUCGAGAAUAAGCCCUCUUAUUUAAUAUGUCUGGUUGUGCUAGUGGAGCUGGAAAUGAAGACGAUUUUUCGUGGUGAACUAAAGGCUUCAAAGUUUAGUCAUUCAAGAACUUUCAGAACUCAGAAAUUGCCAAAAGGUUUUUCACAUCAUCUCCAUAGUCUUCUGGUAUAUCUCAGAGAAAAAAAACUUGGGAACUUUCCUAAUAAUGUAUCUGCUCGAAACACUGAUGUGGCAAUAGAGUACUUGUUGGAUUCUCUCGGUGAUGUGUCAAAUAGUGCUACUAAUUGUAAGAUGUUGAAUGAGGUCUUGGAAAAGGUGGGAGCUCUUGUCGGUGAUAUUCUAUGUGUAAUUCACAGCUCUACAAUCAAAGAUGAUACCAGCGAGAUGGUUCUUUGGUCGAUACAGAUAUUGAUGAAAACUGCAAAUCUAAAGGCACAAGUACUGGAGAGGUACUACAAAUUGUUAAAAUUCACUCCGUCUCAGUUUCCCACAGCUGGUGGAUUGAGCUUUCUGGAUUCUCUUUUAAGGAAAUUGAAUGAGAUGUUGAAAUCUGAAUCAGGUUUGGACCUCAAAAUGAAGUCUCGUAUUGUUAUUUUAGAGAAAGAGCUUUCAUUUCUAAUAUCUGUUUUCAGAGAUGCCACAAAGGUGCAGCAUAAACAUGAUAUUCUUAAAGAUCUUUGGCAGCGUACCAUCAAUAUAGCAUAUGAAGCUGAAAUUGCCAUUGACUCUAUUCUUGUUCAGUAUAAUGCUCUUUGGCAUUCUUUUUGCUCACUUCCUGCAAUCAUAAAAGAGAUCAAGCAUAUUCGUACUGAGGUGACCAAGAUGUGGUCGGAGAACCUUGCUCUUAGGCCUUCCUCUGCUGUUCAGCCAUCUAAACUUCUCCCAACUCAACAUAGCAAUCUUAUGAAUGAUGAGGAGAUAGUUGGUUUUGAGAAUGACACGAAAAAAAUAAUUCGGUAUCUGACACAAGGGACAAAUGAGCUAGAUGUCAUCCCAAUUGUUGGGAUGGGGGGACAAGGUAAAACAACUUGUGCUAGAAAGUUGUACAAUAAUAACAUCAUUGCUUCUCAUUUUGAUGUUCGAGCAUGGUGCGUCAUUUCCCAAACAUAUAACCGGAGACAACUACUACAAGAGAUAUUCAGUCAAAUUACCGGUUUCAAGGACAAUGGAGAUAAAGAUGACGUCCUUGCCGACUUGUUGAAGAGAAACUUAACGGGAAAGAGAUAUCUCAUUGUCUUGGAUGAUAUGUGGGAUGGUAUGGCAUGGGAUGACUUAAGACUUUGUUUCCCUGAUGUUGUAAAUAGAAGCAGAAUAGUAGUGACGACUCGACUUGAGAAAAUGGGUGAGCAUGUCAAGCACCAUACUGAUCCUUAUUUCCUCCCAUUCCUCACAGCAGAAGAGAGUUGCCAAUUGUUGCAGAAAAAAGUUUUUCAACAGGAAAGUUGCCCACCGGAACUACAAGAUGUGAAUCAAGCAGUUGCAAAAAGAUGCAAGGGAUUGCCUCUAGUGGUCGUCUUGGCUGCUGGAAUAAUUAAAAAGAAGAAAAUGGAAGAAUCUUGGUGGCAUGAGGUUGAAAAAGCUCUACUUUUCUAUCUUGACCGUGAGUCUGAAGAUUAUAGUCGGGCAACUAUGCAGUUAAGUUAUGAUAACUUAGCCGAUUAUUUAAGACCUUGCCUUCUUUAUAUGGGGAUGUUUCCUGAGGACGCCAGAAUUCCAGCGUCUAAAUUGAUAAGUUUAUGGAUAGCAGAAGGCUUCGUGCAGAACGUAGAAUCUGGGAGAUUAAUGGAAGACGCAGCUGAAGAUUACUUGAAGGAUCUCAUAAGCAGUAACGUGGUAAUGGUUUCAAGGAGAAGAUAUAACGGUAAAGUCAAAUACUGCCAGGUUCAUGAUGUAGUGCUUCACUUUUGCUUGGAGAGGAGUAGAAAAGAAAAGUUUAUGUUGGCAAUGAAGGUGCAUUAUACCCAAUUUCAACCUUCUUAUUGGAACGAAACACGAUUGAGCUUCAAUUUGACAAAUGAGCUUUCCGAGUUUGCAUUGCUGGACUCCAAAACAUGGAAGCCUUUCCACCAAAAGUUGAGGUCACUGAAAACAACCUAUAGAUACUUCCAUCAGUUAGUAGAUUGGAAUCCCCUCCGUCAGUGUAGUGAACUGAGGCUUCUUAAGGUCUUGGAUUUGAGUUCCAAUAAAGUGGUUCGUUUGUCGUCAGCUACAUUGGAACCACUAAUUCACCUCAAGUACCUCGCAGUUGUCGUUGAACAAUUUGAUUUCCAUCCAAAAUCACAUCUUCCCCAUCUAGAAACUUUAAUAGUGAGAUAUAACUCGGGGGAUACAGUGUUACCAACGGCUUUUUGGAAAAUGGAAAAGUUAAGGCAUGUUGAGAUUAGUCAUGCUAUUUUUGAUGAUGAUUUUCAAGAAUCCUCUAAAUUGGAAAAUUUGAGGAUAUUAAGGAAAGUUAUAAUUAAAGAUGCUGCUAACGAGGAUGCCUUAAUACAAAGAUGUCCUAAUCUUCAAGAACUUGGCAUAAGCUAUGAACGUUCAAGAGAUAUUUGUCACAAAUUGGAGAGUAUUACCCAGCUUCAAAUACUUCACCUUUUCUUUGACUCAUCCCUAGUUGUAUCCAAGUUACACUUGCCUUCAAAUUUAAAAAAAUUGGUACUAAAAGGGACUCGUAUAGAAAGCACGAUUUCCUUCAUAUCGGAACUACCAAGUUUGGAGUAUCUCCAAUUACAUAGUUCCAUGUUUAUGAAAUCCGAAGAGUGGCGCCUUGGAGAUAUCACGUUCCAUAAACUUAAGUUCUUGAAACUGGUGGACUUAGGUAUAGUAAGGUGGAAUGCCUCAGAGGAAUCUUUUCCCCAGCUUGAAACACUUGUUAUAAAAGUGUGUUAUCAUCUCGAGGAAAUCCCCCUUAGCUUUGCAGAUAUUCCAACACUGAAACAGAUUAAGCUGAUGUGGUGCAGCAAAUCUUUGGUGGCUUCAGCUGUGAGAAUUAAGGAAGCAGUCCAAGAUAUUGAGGGAUGCGACCGUAUUAACAUCAGUAUUGACGAAUAAAGCGGUAUAUAUGAAGAUGAAGAGAUUUGGAGCAAGACGAAGGGGGACACUCUUUGGUUGAAGACAAAGGAAAGAAAGAUACAAUUCUAAUAAAAAAAGGAACGUGAAAAGCUCACUGGAUCUAGCGAUGCUAGAGGCGGGGACCUUUCCUACUUCGUUCGGGACAAGGUUAUUUCGUCCUUGCACGGUCCCAACUUAUAUAAAAGUGGUCCUAAACUUAAUUUGGAGGAAAUCUAACAUACUUUGAAGGAGAAUUCACGUGGGGGAACGCAAACCACGCUUGGAGGAGGCUUCCAACUAAUU